AUGAUGAAAUUCAGUAUAACUCUGCCGGAGACAUUUGACGGCCCACUCACAGCUAAUAAUAAACUCUCAGAAGCUGACCAUUUGUUUGUGAAUGAAAUAAAAGGCCCGGAAUCAUUGGCCGUUUGGAAAGGUGAUGUCUACACCGGUUUAUCGGACGGGCGUAUUGUUCGCAUUCGGAAGGAUAGGUAUAAAACUGUGGCCCAAUUCGGUGAUCCCGCGAAGUGUGUUAAUCCAUGGGAAAUGGAAAAAUGCGGCCGUCCUUUA